CGCCGGAUUUCGGCCAGCCCGGACCCUUCCCCGCCUCGGACGAAGCCGGGGCGGGACGGGCCGGGGCAGGACCGGCCGGGGCGGGACCGGACCGGCCGGGGCAGAGUGCGCUCGCCCUCCUCCCUCGCUAUGAAGGGCCGCAGCGCCCUCCGCCCCGGGCCCGGCCCCCGAGGCCGCCCCCAGCCCUCCCCGGGGCGGCGGGUCCGGACGGGCCGGGGCCGGCGCUGACCGCCCUCCGGCCAUGGGGCCGCUGCUGGCGCCCUGCUGCCUGGUCCUGGGCUGGCUGUGCUGGGGGCCGGCGCGGGCGGGGGGCGGCGCGGGUCGGGGGCCGGGGCCGGGACCGGGACCGGGACCGGGACCGGGACCGGGACCGGGGCCGGGGGAGUACUGCCACGGCUGGAGGGACGGGACGGGCCGCGUCCAGGGCGGCUUCCAGUGCCCGGAGCCCUUCGACCGCGCCGACGCCACCAUCUGCUGCGGCUCCUGCGCCCUACGCUACUGUUGCGCCGCCGCCGCCGCCCGCCUGGAGCAGGGAGCCUGCGGCGCCGACGGCCACACCGGCCCCCCGGGACCACCCGCCCAGCCCGUCUACGUGCCGUUCCUGAUCGUCGGCUCCAUCUUCGUGGCCUUCGUCCUGCUGGGCUCGCUGGUGGCCGUUUACUGCUGCAGCUGCCUCCGGCCCAAGCCGUCGGGCCAGCGGGCGGGGCGGGGCCCCGGGCGGGGCUGCCGGGCCGAGGCUCUGCCGGUGAUGCUGGCGGCGGGCGGGCCGCGCCGGGCUCCCUCUCGCCGGUCCAGCACGGCCACCAGCUCCAGCUCGGCGGCCGGUUCCCUCCGGCGCUUCUCGCUCGCCAGGCCCGAGCCCGCCGCCCCGCCGCCCGUCGCCCCUCCGCCCUACUUGUCCGGGGCCUUCGAGCCCAGCGCCGCCGUGCACCUGGCCCAGCCGGCGGGCUUCCUGGUGUCGGCGCAGUACUACGCCUACCAGCUCCCGCCCGAGCCUCCCCUGCCCCGCAAGAGCUGCCCCGACGGCAGUCCGACCUAAGCGGGCAGGGGCAGACCUCGGGCGGCGGGGACCGACCCGUCCCCCGCCCCCGGCGGGGCAGCGCAGACCCCGGCCGGCGGGGACGGGUCCCCGGACGAAGCCACGGACGAGGCUUCGGAGACACAAACGUCCCGGUGGACGCCCCCCGGCUUCCCGGGGCCCGGUGGGGGCCGGGGUCGGCCCGGCCCUGGCUCCUAAGCGCUCACCCGGACCACCGCAGCCCCGGGCCCGAGCCGAGCUCGGGGUGGGGGCCCCGGGGG